UUAUCCUACAACAGCGCCAUCCCUCCAUAGUCUGUUGUGUUGGGAGACCGUUCACGGGAAAAAAAAAACGUGUUUGGCAAGGAAAGGGUUAAGGAGUUUAUAGGGUCCAGAUCGAUGCCUCCUCUCCCACACGUCGCCAUGAACAAAUGAAUUCGCGGGGAAUUAAAUAUCAAUUUCACAAAGGAGAAAGAGUCCUGUGUUUUGAACCCGACCCCACCAAGGCUAAAGUGUUGUAUGACGCUAAGGUCAUUGAUGUCUUAAUAGGUACAGAUGAACAUGGAAGAAGAAUCCCAAAGUACCUGAUUCACUUCAACGGUUGGAACAGAAGCUGGGAUCGUUGGGCUGCAGAGGAUCAUGUCCUAAGGGACACUGAAGAAACCCGUACAUUGCAACGUAAACUGGCUCGCAAAGCUCUAGGUCGCAUGAAGAGAAAGGGAUGGGCAAAGAGGCGUCGCCGUCAGUCUGGUACUAAAUCUUCUCUGAAGACUCUCCCUAAGGAGGACGACAGUGAUGACGCAUGUUUGAUUUCGUCUUCAGAGAGCAGUGACGGGGACGAUUCUGACCCUGAAUCUUCAAAUAGUGGGGACAGCACCUUCUCUGAGGAUAUCAACAAAAUGAGGGUUGAACCAGACAUUAAUGUUAAGAGGGAAUGUGAGGAGAAGAUUGUUCAUGUUGACAUCAGCAUCCCCGAUGUUCUGAAGAAGAAACUUGAGGAUGACUGUUUCUACAUCAACAAGAGGAAAAAGCUGGUGAUGGUUCCCUGUCAGACGAAUGUUGUGCACAUCCUGGAGUCCUACGUGAAACACUUUGCCAUCAACAAAGCAUUCAUGGCCAAUGAGAGGUACCGGCGACAGCAGAGCACCACACAGGACAGCAGCCCACAGCCAGUCCCUCCAGAGAAGAGCGAGGAGCUGUGUAAGGAAAUGGUUGACGGCCUGAGGAUCACGUUUGACUUCACCUUACCCAUGAUCCUCCUCUACCCCUGUGAACAAGCUCAGUUCAAGAAGGUCAGCUCCUCCAGGCUCUUUCUGGCCAUGAAUGAAAGUUCCCCCUGCUCCAGCAAUACACAACGAGAGCGCAGCCCGAGCCCGUUGGGACACAACCCCCCCACUCCUCAGUCCACAGACAGCCAGCCUGCGCUGAGCGAUAUUUCUGCCACCACGCCCACUGCCCCAGCCCCAACCCCAAAGCGCCGGCGCCACCCUGACAUGGACUGCAUUUCAUACCAGUCCCAGUCACUGAGACGCUCCACCAGGAACACGUCCGGAGGUGACAGGCCAGCUGAGGGAAGCAGUGGAGGUGGAGGCAGUGCCACAGCAUCCCCACAGCUGAAACGGCGUUUGGUCGACACCUCAUCCCAGCCCAAGUUCUUCCUCAACAUCGACAGAAAAACCCCAGUGCACAGUGGCUCAUCUUCCCCAUUGCCCUUGACACCAAGCAAAGAGCGAAGCGGGCCAUUCUAUGGCCUGGAGAGUCGGAGAAACAAUGAGCUUAAUGAGGUCCUAAGCUGGAAGCUCACCCCUGAUAACUACCCUCUGAAUGACCAGCCUCCUCCACCUUCUUACCUGUACGGAUCACAGCACCUCUUGCGGCUUUUUGUGAAGCUUCCUGAGAUCCUGGGAAAGAUGCAGAUCCCUGAGAGGAAUCUCCGAGCCCUGGUCAAACAUCUAGAACUCUUUCUCAGGUUUCUGGCAGAGUUCCAUGAGGAUUUUUUUCCUGAGUCUGCGUAUGUGUCAGCAUCAGAGGCCCACUACAGCAUGAAACAACCGAGGCCCGUUUACUGAAGGAGACACUGACCAUUUCCUUCCCUUGCUGUCAUUACCCUAUCUACCCCCCCCCAGUUUGUCAAGACUGACCUGUCUGGGGUUCUCAGAGGGAUAACAGCCUCCCUGGACCUCCCUUUCUUCUCCUCUGGCCUAACAUUAGUUUUCCUCCUGUUGCAUGGUGGAACAAGUUGCUUCUACCGUGCCACUAACCCUCACCUGCGCUCUGUGUUUGGUGCUGUCGUGCAUGUGAAGCCACCCUGCGCUGCUUUGCUUCAGUGUACUGCCCCAUGGCAUGUUGAGUGCUUUGUGCUGGCUGUCCUUUUGUAGGCCCCGAUUCAAUUCUUAGACUGCAACUGCUGAGCUGCCUUUCCGAGCCUUUACUCACUGUCGUCUGCUUGUGUGUUACCUGGUCCGCACCUUUAAAGACCAGGCGGAGGAUGGAAGGUUCUCUAGCCUUUCAGAUAUUAGAGGCUGGCCAAAACUAAACAGUUUUGAAUCCCUCCGAUGUUGAAGCAGACAUGAUCUCUUCUACUGGCAAAGCCCUUUUUCUCUCCUGCUUUUGGGCCACAGUUUUGGAAUAUUGUGGUUUGUUCAUAGAAGGGACACAGAUUGAAAAGCCCUGUCUACCUGCCUAAUAAACUAAUUUUGGAUUCUCUUUGGGGCAUUGUGGGCUGUUUCUCCUGCUUGGAGUCUUGGCCCGUCUUAAUGUUGCAACUUCCUGUAAGUGCUUCCCAUGCAGUGCUGCCGGCGAUCCUCCUCUGGAUGUGAUUCCUCUAAAGCUACAGAAGGCUUUACUUCUCCUAUCCUGGAGAUGCUCUGCUGCUUUUGCUGAGCAGUUCUGAUUUGCUGACUUUUAAUCAAGAUUGUUGUUUUUCUCCCAAUUUUUUCUUCACUAUUUCACUUUUUGUAUGUGUAAUGUCCUCUAAGUGUCUGUAGCAGAUUUUCUCAUUUCCUGCUUUUCUUUGUUUUUGAUGUUGUCCUGUGCAUGUCUGAUAAAUGUCUGACCUUUGUAUUUGACUUUGUUCUGCCUGUUCCUCCCUCUGUUGUCCCCUUCUAACAGGAAGGAUGAGUUGCAAUGGUGCUGUGUACAACAUAGCACAGCAACAUGUCUUAAUAAAAACAAUACCUUGUUCUGAAGCUAAUUUGAAUACACAGUUAAAAACCAGAGGCUGUUAGUAUUUGCAGAUAUUACUUAAACAUUGUUCAGUUCGUACCAUAAAGAUCAGACAAUCACUUAAAUGUGUCAAAAACAAAGUUAGUUUACAUUUAUGUGAUUUACGCCAUAUUGACUGAUGGAGUUUGCUCCAUCAGUCAUUUGUAUUGUACAUCAGUAUUUGUAAAUGCAAACAAAGUGAUCAUUCUGGUUACUUCACAUUGUGAAAAUGUAAAUACAAAGCACCUGUUGGGUCAGUAUGUUAUUUAUUUUUCAUUGCACACCACUGGAUCAUUUUGUUCACGUGUCGUUUGUUGAGCUGGUUAUAAAAUACUGGACAAGGCCCAAAACAGUCUUGUUGAUAACACACAACUGCUUUGUCUCAGCUGUUUCUUGAACAAAUAUAUCUGUAGAUACAGUGUCAUAUAAAUUGCGGGGUUGUAGCACACUUGUAAGUUUACUACAGUGUUUAUUUUUCCAGUGUUGCGUACAGAGCUUAGCCUGUUAGACUUUCUUGUAUUUCAUUCAACUUUUUUCUGUACAGUCAGUUUCCUUUUAUCUUUAUCGUCUUCAUAGCAUCGAGACGGUAUUUGAAUAAAGACUUUGU